CGUUAACAAACCUCACAGGUUCAGUAAAUCACGUCUAGUAAUCGAACCUGCUCACUUCCGAACCGUCACACUCCCCGACAGCAUCGCCUCCGUCCAGCAUGACUUCUUCGCUGCCCGCCCAAGCUUCGUGUCUACAAGACCAGCGCUACACAGACGGCCACUUCCUCAACGAGCGAGGCCAGAAGCUCUUCUACUGUGCCGCCUUCCCGCCGGAAUCGGUGCCUCUCCGUGGUGUGGCGCUCUUCCUGCAUGGCAUCGGGGAGCACUCGCUGCGCUUCACGCACGUGUACAAGCACCUGUGCCUCAAUGGCUACGGAGUGAUUGCGUACGACAUGCUGGGUCACGGUCAGAGCGAAUCUGAAAAACCCGGACUGCGUGCACACGGGUCGGAGUUCCAUUACUUCGUGGACGAUACCAACCAAUUCAUCACGGCAGCCAAGCUCGCUGUAUACAGCAAGAUGCUGCCGGAGGGGACUUCUGACCCCCCGUUAGUCAUAAUGGGCAUCUCGUUCGGAGCUCUGGUGGCUCUCAACACUAUUCUAUCCGGGAAACACCACUUCAGCGGCUGCGUCGUGGCCUCUCCAGCCAUCGCCGUUGAGUACACGCUCACUCUCCGUAUCAUGGAGUUUGUAUCCAAACCGCUGGUGUGGAUGUUCCCCACUGCGAGAUUGGUGGCAGGAGUCAACUUUGCAGGCUUGACACGUGACCCGGAGUUCCUGAAGGACUAUAUGGCGGAUCCUCUCAAUGUCACGGACAAUCUGACCACCCUCAUGGCGGUGCAGAUCGGUCUGGGCAUGAAGCAGUUGCAGGGCAGCUCUCAAAUUGAAGAUCCCAAUAGCACCUUUUGCAAAGUGCCGCUGUUGGUGCUGCAAGGAACAGAGGACAAGGUCACGAGUGUGAAGGUCGUGGAGGAUUUCAUGAAUCGAGCUGCGAAUAAGGACAAAGAGCUCAAGCUCUUCCAGGGACUUUUCCACUGUCUUUGGAACGAACCGGAGAAGCAGCAAGUGAUGGAUUACGCCAGCAACUGGCUCAACAAGCGGUUCAGUGCUGGAUCAACCUCUGGAAGCGCCUCAAAGCUUUGAGAGGAUGAUAUAGCGGAGCCGGUGUAUUAUGAAGGUCUGGUUGCAGCUUCAGGCUAAGAAAUGGAGCAAAAUCUUGUUGUUAAGUCGCUUUUGGUAAGAUCCAAAUUGUGUUGAUAACAGUUAUAUGAAAAAUGAAUUCUUUUCUCUGUGUAAUA